UGCUAUUGCUACAUGCUUAAUACAGAAGUUACCUUGACGAUACCAGUAUUAGUUAAUUUUCGUUCUUGGAACCAUGGUCUUGCGCUAUAAGCACAAUAUUUUUUGCAACAACAACAACUGUAAUCUCAUUAACUCACUCUUUCGCUAAGAAAUUAGAGCGAUAGCUCCCAUCACUUAUAAGUUAUAGCUACCGUUCUGCGACAAAAUCGCAAGAGUUAUUUUGGUUAAUGUGCACCGAGAGAUGAUCCUACCGACAGAUAUUCAAAAAUCGAACAACUUUAUGAAAUGGGUGGACGAAAUCCACAAAAUGCAGGAAGCCAUCAGACAGUCACAUGAUGCCGAGAACGAGCGCAACAAGGAAGUUCUCCGUCAGCGCGAUCUGCAGCAUUGUCGUAAUGUCAAUCACGCCCGCCUAGCGGAUGCUAGCAAUGAACUGCGCGAGCUGAAAAAAUCCUUAACGGCCAUCGAAGCGCAGCACACCAAUUUGGCCUAUGUGCGCGCGAACGAAAGGGCACGCUUUAACAGCCGCUUGAAAGAACUGCAACAAGGAGCGCAGACGCGCGCCCUGGAUGAUGCAGACACCAGCGCAAUCAACACUGAAUUCACCAACCAAAAACGAGCACAACAGCAGCUACGCGAAGCAUAUAACAAGCAGCUCGCGGACAAACACCACGAAAAGCACCUGCAAUUCCUGGCUCUGGAAGAAGAGCGCAGAUUCAUUGAUGACUGCAUCAAAGCAGAACAGAAGAAAGCUUUGGAAAAGGAAUACAAGCAGAUUCUGGAUAAGCAACGUUGGCAGAGUGUUAUCGAUGAUUUCAAAGCGGAGCGAAAAAGCACGCAGGAUGCGCACAAAGAGUUACUCCGUAAAGAAGACGACAAGAUUGCCGCGAUUACUAAGCAAUACAAGCAACGCGCGGAGUCUCAUAAGGAAGCUCUGUUAGCGAGGGAAAAGGUCAUCGAUGCGAUGCGAAAGAAACUGGCGCAGCAGAUGAAGGAAAAAGAGCAGCACGAUCAAGAGCGCCAAGAGAUCGAAGAAGAGCUCCGAUUAGCCGAAAGCGAAGAAGAAAGGCAGAGGCAGGUGCGAUUGGAGAAGGCCAAGCGCGCCUUCGAGAAGAAUCAAAUGUCAGCCGCCCUAAGAGCCUCGUUGGAAAAGAAGCAGACGUUAGAAGAUAACAAGCGGAAAGAGUGGCAGGAAUACUCGGACAUUCUCAAGUCGCAGGCGGAGGAAGCCGCGGAUAAGGAACGCCGGUUGAACGCGUGGCGCGCUGAGAAAGCCAACGAGGCACAACGAGAAUGGGAAUCCGCGUUAGCGCAUAAACAGCGCCGACAAUCUGCAGCAAAGGCAGAUAGCCUAAAUUGGCGUAUGAAGGAAGAACAAGACACCAAAUUCUGGCAGGAUUUCGUCGAUUUGGAACGGAAAGAGCUGCUGAAAGAGAAGUGGACCAAACUGAAGGAUUUUGUUAACGGGUACGACAAGUUCCCCAAGAAAAAAGACAACGUACUAUUUCAGUCUCUGACGGAGUCCGAAUCUGGGACGCCUUCGCAAGAGCAUGUGCUUGCGCAAAUGGAGCCGCCAGAAGACACUCACUACAGCGUGUACAGGAAUAUGCUGGAUGCCCGGGUUUCAGAAGCAUUCGGCAUUGGGGCAAAAUGAGUUUUGGAGAUUUUUAAAAAGAAACUUGCAAGUCUUUAUUACUGACCUUUAAUUUCUUCCGUUUUUAUAGUAUUACACUACUGCAUCAUCUUUUUGAACACACUACAAUGGACGACGAAAUUUACUUUACCUCGGAACCGGUUUUGCGGCUUUAGCUUUUAGACAGAGAACAGAGAGAACACGGUUGCCGCGCUUACUGCUCAGUAAGCGGAUAUAGCGACGGAUAUGCGGCGCUCAUUCAUCGUAUGCGCUGUAAGCCGACAGCGGCUAACGGUCCGGGGUAAAGUAAAUUUUGUCGUCCAUUGUGUGUUCAACAAGUCUAGCAGCAAGCCGGUAAAUCAUAUAUGAGCAUUUCUUGGGUUCGUCAGCAAGUUCCCCUGAAAUGGACAGCACUCACAUAUAUUAAGGAAAUUUCAGGAAAUCAAUUAUAUUAAGUACUUGGUUAACAAUACUGUAAUGGGAGCCAAAACCCUUGAGAGGGAGACACGAGUGCAGCGCAAUCGAGAUACUAGUGGACUUCCGCAUAGACUUUGAUAACUGUAAAAUUAUUUCGCAUGAAAUACCGGGG